GUCAGUAAUUGCCCUGAUGAUGGAGGCAGCAAGUAACUCUGAAACGUUUGUAAACUUCUACCAGAUGACACGGCGCAUUACGCCCGGUGCGUUGCUUACUCGGACUGGACGUGGCGGUGCAGAGAAGGGUGUGGAGAGGGGUAUCCCAGCUCGAUUAGGUUAGCAUGCGAGUCCAACCCAUAAACAUUUCCGACCAAGAAAAAGACUAGAGCACGUUGUAACCAGCUCUAGUCACGAAUGAAACGUCUGUUUAACGUAAUUACAUCGGCAAACUGCGAGUGCAUUAUCCAGUAGUUUCUAAGCGGCCGUCAGCAAAACAUCACUGUCCUGGGAGGAUUAAUACAGAACUCAACGCUACUCGGAGCUUCCGGAAAUUAUUAAGGUCGACUUGUUCAUUAUAUCGCGAGUUUAAAUUACAAAAUUUUCUCACUGAAGUUAAAGAUUAAUCAAUUUUUUUUUCUCUCACGUGUUUUAAUUUCGUAUAUUGUCACGAACGUGACAAUAGAAAUUAUUUUAACACUCCACAGAUAAGAAAAAAAAAAUCAUUUUGAAAAUCUACAAAAGUUAUACAGAGAGAAAUAUGAUCUGCUACACAUUUCUUCUGUGCAUAUCUACGUUAAUCAAGAUGAGUGUAUCUUCUACAAUGAUCCACUUCCCAAACUCAACAUCUGAAAAUGUCUCAGCGUCACAGCAAAUUCCUCAGACAUUAAAUUCACUGAAUGCAACCGCGUAUGGAAACUGGAAGAGACAUCCUCAAUCACCUCCAAAUUUCACCGGUAUAAGAUUUCAAAAUGAUGACAGCAAAGAAAUUUCAAAUGUAAUGCGCGAGAACCUAAUAGACAAGAUGAUAUCUCGAGGGGUCCUACGAUUUGCUUUACAAAUGGAUUUUGCAUUAUCUUCAGAGGACUACACAAAUAUUGAUGAUAAGAACAAUAUCAUUUUUUCGCCUCUUAGUAUUGCCUCAGCUUUGUCAUUGGUGAUGCUCGGAGCAGCAGGAAGAACUUAUAAAGAGAUUGAGACUGUGUUAGGUUUGGCUGCUGGGGUCGACUUAAGUGCGAGUGGCGACGAAUUACAUUACCAUUUUGGAAGAUUUUUAAAAAAGAUCGAAGACUACACUGACGCUGGAACAUCAACAUACUCUGCAAUGGCCGGGGCAAUUUUUGUUCAAGAUGGCGUCCAGAUUAAAGAGAGGUUUGCAAACGUGAGCAAAAAUAUUUAUGGGAGUGAAGUUCUGAAUCUCGAUUUUAUUGGACAUAGCAGCGAGGCGAGAGAUGUCAUAAACAAAUGGGUAGAAAAUAAAACUUAUGGACACAUCCCUAACAUUUUGGAGUAUGCACCACCCCCAAGUACCAGGAUCAUAAUUGCAAGUGCUCUCUACUUCAAUGGCGCAUGGAAAAAUCCUUUUUCUCCAACAGAGACGAAUUGGCGGCCAUUUCAUGCCAUAGACAGUCAAGAAAAUGGUACCAAUGAAAUCCUACAAGUCCCCACAAUGGCAAAUGGUGGAGAGUUCCCGUAUUAUUUUGAUCCAAUACUUGGUUGUCAGGUUGUCGGACUUCCAUAUAAAGAUCAUAAUGUAACGAUGUACCUUUUAUUGCCUAAUGAACCUGGAUAUCCAGCUCUCAAGCGUUUACGAUACAAACUGACGGUGAAUCACUUACAAGGACUUGCAGAUUGUACGGUAGAAAGAACUGUAAUCUUCACUGUACCACGAAUGCAACUUGAAUCAACAAUCUAUCUUAAGGAUGCAUUAGAAUUACUUGGUGUUCAUACAUUAUUUGAUCCAUUCCAAGCUGAUCUGAGUCAAAUAUCAGAUAACAGAAAUGUUGAUUCUUUUAUGAUCAAUGACCAUUUUGAAAACAAAAAUAUUUCUGAAGAACAGAGUACAAAUGCUGAAGAUAUUAUAUCAACAACGCAUCAAUACCCAGAACACACGACUGUAAAUACGAAUACAAGCGCUGAUGAAAUUCUCAAAAAAUCAGAAAACGAAACAGAUUUGGUGAAACAGACGUCGACUAACCACGCUGAAUCACGUUUUUCUAAUCAAAGUACAAAUCCUGGCCUUUAUGCUGAUAACGUCAUCCAUAAAGUUACAAUUGAUAUAACAGAACUUGGUACAGAAGCUGCGGCCGCCACCGUUGUGUCAUUAACUAGGGAUGGAACGCACAAAGUUGUUAAAUUUGAUAGGCCAUUUUUGUUUUUUAUUCGUCAUGAAGAAACAGGCAGUGUUUUGUUUUGGGGGACUGUUCUAAAACCAACACCCAAUCGACCAGUGCCUUCUGUUAAAUGAUUUUCAGUACUGUUUGAGAAAGCCACGUUGAUCAUUUCAAUGGAAAAGACAGUAAUAAAACAUACAUUAUUUUUAAAAUGAUAACAAUAAGUGUAUAGAGACUGUCAGAGGGAAACUUUCUUGUUUAAAUUUAAUUUAAGAAAAUAAUGAGUUUCUGUACAACACUUUCCUUUAAAUUUUUAUUUCAAAACAAAUGUUAUAAGU